AUGCUAACGUCUGUCUCUCUUUUCUUUCUUUUCUCCCGCAGUUACGACUUCACCCCACUCGACUCCUCAGCAGUGUACGUUCUCAGCAGCAUGGCUCGUCAGCGCAGGACCUCCCUGUCCAGCGGGGGCGCCGUCAGUCCAGACUGUGACAAACUUGAGCGCUCCAGCUCCCCACAAUCCUCGACUGGCAAAUCAAACAGGAGCCACACCUCAGGAACAGCCAGCGGUGCCACGCCUACGAAAUGCAAGCGGCCAAUGAAUGCCUUCAUGCUCUUCGCCAAGAAGUACAGAGUGGAGUACACACAGAUGUAUCCUGGGAAGGACAACAGAGCCAUUAGUGUGAUCCUGGGUGAUAAGUGGAAGAAGAUGAAGAAUGAGGAGAGGAGGAUGUACACCAUGGAGGCCAAGGCUCUGGCUGAGGAGCAGAAACGACUCAAUCCAGACUGCUGGAAACGUAAAAGAACCAACUCAGGUUCCCAGCAGACCUAGAUAAUCUCCCAGAAUUCCCAGCUGCUGGCGUUUGGGCCCGUAGUGUUGCUGGACAGAGUCUGAUGGACCGCUUGAUGCCUCUUUGCUCUCCUGUAUUCUUGAGACUCAACUGUGAUGCUGAAUUCACUUGCUUUUUGUAACCUUGAGACAUUAUUAGAGACAAACCAGAAUUAUGAACUAUAAACAAAACAUGUAAUCUAGUCACUAACAGUGCAUAUAUUUUCUUAUAUCUUUAAUUUCAGAGACAUCUUAUUCCGCUGAAAUAAGAAUGAACCUUCUCAGUUAUAUCAGGUUAUUUCAUAUUCAAGGUUGAAACAUGAGAGUCUGUGGUGCUAUGCUUCAGUGUAGAAGGAGCAGUAAACAACAAGUGUCUAUUUAUAAUUGUAAAAAAAAGGGGAAUUUUAGCUAACGUUUUUCACAACUGUUCAAAUUGAUUAUAUUUGUAAGAUUCAAUAUAUUGCACAGAUUGGUAACCCUUUCAUACAUUUUGUAAUACAGUAUAUAUUCUGCGGCUGAACUAUUGCCAACAGUCUGUGAUGCUGCCCUGCCAAGUCUUUAGAUAUUUGCCUGACCACCCGGCCAUGUGAUGAGAGGGCUUUCAGCAUGUGGUGGUGGGUUUACACUCAGUCACAAAGCACUUCAGGCCUUCGCUGUAAGUGUUUGUUUCUUUUGCACUUUAUAUAAAUAUGUAAUCUAAUCCUUUACAGCCAUUGUAUACAGGUGGAAAACAAUUGUAUGAUAUAGCUAGUAUCUCGACAGUUAGCCGGUUGACACAAUCAUGGCCCAGUCGCAGUGUUCUGCUUUCAGGUUGCUCUUGAAUUUUAAGUGCUUUGUUCAUAAUGUACAGGUCUCACAGCCCCGACAACCUCUUGCACAAAAUAUCCUUGUAUCAUAUUAUAAAUAUUUUUUUUUUAAACUUGCAACUUAUCAAAGUUUGUUUGGUUCUUUUUUCAUAAACUGUAAUCACAA